CCCUCCGCCAUCUUAUGUCGCCAUUCCAUUGUUCAGAGCUGGAGUGAGCUACCAGAGGUGGCGGCGUUGGUUUUGUGUGCUUCACAAACCGCUUCUGAGACGAUUCCGUGAACGACGACGGCGCGCUACAUAAGGCGAUCUUAAAAGUUCACGGCUUUCCUGGAUUUGUCUCUCAGGGCUCGGUCUCUCGUUCGAUCGGAAAAUAUGAUGGAAGACGAACAGCCCAAGACUCUGUACGUGGGGAACCUGUCCCGCGAUGUAACGGAGGCACUCAUCCUGCAGCUCUUCAGUCAGAUCGGCCCAUGCAAGAGCUGUAAAAUGAUUGUAGAUACGGCUGGUAAUGAUCCCUACUGCUUUGUGGAGUUCUACGAGCACCGGCAUGCCGCUGCGUCACUAGCUGCCAUGAACGGACGUAAAAUAAUGGGUAAGGAGGUUAAGGUCAACUGGGCCACCACACCGAGCAGCCAGAAAAAAGACACAAGCAAUCACUUCCAUGUGUUCGUUGGGGACCUCAGCCCAGAGAUCACCACCGAUGACAUCAAAGCAGCCUUCGCACCAUUUGGCAGGAUAUCUGAUGCCCGUGUGGUGAAAGACAUGGCCACAGGGAAAUCCAAGGGCUACGGCUUUGUGUCCUUCUUUAACAAAUGGGAUGCAGAGAACGCCAUCCAGCAGAUGGGUGGGCAGUGGUUGGGCGGCAGACAAAUCCGGACCAACUGGGCCACGAGAAAGCCCCCCGCUCCCAAAACCACCUACGAGAGUAACACCAAGCACCUGUCUUUUGAGGAGGUGGUGAACCAGUCGAGCCCCAGUAAUUGCACUGUGUACUGUGGAGGUGUCACCUCUGGCCUCACUGAGCAACUGAUGAGACAAACCUUCUCCCCUUUUGGACAAAUAAUGGAAAUCAGAGUUUUUCCAGACAAAGGUUAUUCAUUUGUGAGGUUCAAUUCCCACGAGGGGGCGGCACACGCCAUCGUCUCUGUGAACGGCACCUCGAUAGAGGGCCACGUGGUGAAGUGUUACUGGGGGAAGGAGACCACAGACAUGGUGAACCCCAUGCAGCAAGCCCAAGUGCCCCAGCAGAACAAGGUGGGCUUUGCUGCCCAGCCCUAUGGCCAGUGGGGCCAGUGGUAUGGCAACGCCCAGCAGAUCAGCCAGUACGUGCCCAAUGGCUGGCAGGUGCCCACCUAUGGCGUCUAUGGGCAAGCAUGGAACCAGCAGGGCUUCAAUCACAUACAGCCAGGUGCUGGGUGGACGGGCGUUGGUGCAGUCAGUAACGGCGCCGUGGUGGAACCCGCACAGGGAGUGAAUGGCAGCGUGCUAGCGAACCAGUCGGGCAUGGGCACCACGGGAUACCACACACACUGAUAUGGGGCUGGGCGGCUCCAGGCCUCCAGCAUCCCAGGAUGCCUCACUGCAUCAGUUAACAGUUCAGACUGUGUAUGUGAGCGCGUGCGUGUGUGUGUGUAUGUGUGUGUGGCAGUGAUUAAGGAGGGAGGGAGGAUUUUGAUUGGGGGCCGGGUGGGCAAUUUGUACUUUGACCCCACCCUCCACCUCCCCCAUUUUUUUUUUUUGUUUUCCUCUCCUCGAUAUGGAAGGAAAACCAUUGCUUACCACCACAGAGGACUAGGUGCCCUACCCUUGGACAGACGUAAACGUGGUUUUCAGCUUAUUAACGGAAAGGACUAUGCCAUUUUUAAAGUUGCUAUAAAAUAAUUUGAGAUUCUUCUUGUUUUUGGUUAGAGUAAUUUACCUGCUGAGAAUGAAAUUUUGCCAUUUUUUGGACUGAUAUAAAACAUUUGUAAAGUGCCAGUAAGAAACUGGUGAAUCAUGCGAAAUGUUAAUGGGAAAAAAAAUAAACAAAAUGUUGUCAACUUUUUUUUUAAGAUGCUCAAUUUUUGUUUCACUAAACUAAACUAAACCAAUUGCAGGGAUUACUGCCACUUUCUUUCUUUUAAAGGCAGACAGAUAUUGCACAAUACUAUUCUUGGUUAUCUUUUCACAAAUUUUUGUUCUUACACAAAUUAUAGAUAUUUUAAAUUGUUUUGCAUUCCACUUCCUUUUGAAUUUUGUUUCCUGGAGGGCUUAUAGAACUGUUUUAAUGUAAAUAACCAAGCGGUCUGUUUGUUCUGAAACUGUAUAAAGGAAAAUGUUGAUUAUACAAGCUUGCUUGCUUUUUCUUUUUGGGAAAGGGUGUAUUGGGGGGGUCAAUAAAAAUGUAAAAACAAAAGUAGCACUGUCAUAUCCUGGUUCAUGCAGGUAUUGAUACAGUGUGAUUUUUGAUUCUUCUGGGAAGUCUCAAUCAACGGGCUUUGACUGGAGAGUGAUAUAGAAACAAAGCAAUUCUGUGUAUAAUUUUUUGGACUAGUAAUUAGUAUUAAAUGUGGAAGGUGAAGUGAAAUUUUGCACUCUUGCCCCUUGCAUACAUUUUAAUACUGAAGUUGGACGAAACCUUUGUGUUACCGUAUUUUCUUUUUUUCUUUUUCUUUUUUUUUUUAAAAAGAAAACAACCAGUCAGAUAUGAGUAGGCAGUGCCUAACAAUAUUUUAAGACCAUAUGUUUUGAAGAAUUUUUUUGGGGUUGGGGGUGGGGGCAGUUUUGAUAAUGUUUAUGCUACUCUAAUAUGUUCUUGCUUUGUCCCAUUAAAAUGCUGAUGCCUAUAAAA